CCCAUUUCAUAAUGUCAUAUUUUAUGGUCAUAUCAAGGCGUGUGACGGAAAUAUGUGGUUUUUCUAAUAAAAAUGAAUUUCUGGUAGUGUUGUAAAUGUAAAAGAAAUUUUUAUGAAUGAAUUCAAAGUCUUAAUGUGUAAUGUAAUAUUGAGAAUAUGGGACAGGCCAUAUAUUUUUAAUUUGGCGAUCACUCUGGAGUCUGAAGUGACGUGUAAAUCACCCGUGGCUUUUAAGAUCGCUUUGCUGUAUUAAGAGGUGAAAUUUGUUUUAUCAGUCCAGUAAUUAAAAUCAUAGUUUUGAUAAUUUAUAAUGCAUCACAGCCGGAAAUGCUUUCAUGUAAAAAUCGCAGCUCAAAUUAAGCAAAACAGCACAAUGGUAAUUUCUCGACAUCUUGAACAACUGGGAGACAGAAUAACUUGGUGACACAGUGAGCCACAGUCAAAGUGAGCCACAAUAUCUAGUUAGCAGAAUUAUUUCAAAAAAAUAUUGAAAAGCAACCCAGAUCAUAAUCCAGAUUGAGAAAACUUGUGUAUGUAGCAGUUGAUGAUCUUCCACAAUGGGAAAACUGCUUUCUAAAAUUUUUGGCAACAAGGAAAUGCGGAUUUUAAUGCUUGGUCUGGAUGCCGCGGGAAAAACAACAAUUCUGUAUAAGCUUAAAUUGGGGCAGUCUGUUACCACAAUUCCAACGGUAGGGUUUAACGUCGAGACGGUAACCUACAAAAAUGUUAAAUUCAACGUUUGGGACGUAGGCGGUCAAGAUAAAAUUCGGCCUUUAUGGCGACAUUACUACACAGGUACGCAAGGCUUAAUAUUUGUAGUUGACUGCGCUGAUCGCGACCGAAUAGACGAAGCGCGAACGGAACUCCACAGAAUAAUAAAUGAUAGAGAAAUGAGAGACGCAAUUAUUCUGAUUUUUGCCAACAAGCAGGAUCUUGCAGAUGCAAUGAAACCACACGAAAUUCAAGAGAAACUAGGAUUAACUAGAAUAAGGGAUCGCAACUGGUAUGUUCAACCGUCAUGCGCAACAACAGGAGAUGGCCUUUAUGAAGGUUUAACAUGGCUUACUUCCAAUCAUAAGUUAUGAAAAAUAUUAAAAUCUAAUUAGAGAAUUCAAUAUAAGAUACACAUGCUUACCAUGCUUUUUAGCAAACGAACAACAGUAGUAAAUAAGAAAAAUUUGUAAAUUAUAAUAAUGAAGAAAUAGAAGUUUGUUUGAUUAUAUAUACGUUAAAGAAAUAAGUUACAUAAAUCAUAUAAUUUGUAAAUAUAUGUUUAAAUAAAUUUCAAUGAAAAAUACAA